AUGAAGGAGGAGGUUACUCUUCUUGUCAUACAGGCACUUCAGGAAGACCUGAACCAACCCAAAUUGUCGGGCAACAAGAUUGGGCUGUCAAUAAAUCUAAAUGUAACGAAUACCCCUCUACAUAGAGGACUUAGGGUUAGGGAUAAAAUAGUUCCCUUUACUCCAGUUGAUGUUUCUUUUGCUCUUGGAUUGUCUAUUGUUGGUAAGUCUCUAGUAGUAGAAGAAGAUCAACAAUGUGAAACAUUAGAUCUAUUUAAAGGGGCUGAUAUAACCAUUAACAAUAUCCGCAAACAACUUCGUUACCAUAAGAAAAAAUUAGUUAAUUUUGUUAGACUUUACAUAUUACUUGCAUUUGCGGAGUUUUACUUUCCCAAAACAGGGAAUAAGGUAUUUACGGGAUUUGUUAAGCAAUUGGAUGAUUUGGAUUCCCUUGAUGCCCAUAGUUGGGGCAUUGUUGUUUAUAACUUUGUGGUUUCUAGUUUAUGUGAGUCUUUAGUUGUGUUGAAGGAGGGAAAAAACAAGGCACAAAGACAUUUAAACAGGUGUGUUGCCAUAUUGCAGAUUUGGGCAUUCAACCACUUAUCUUUGGGGAAAGCACCAACUGUUUCUAGGUUUAGUUUUACACGUGUAUUGAAUUGGCCGAUAAUUGAUAGAGUGGUUGCAACAGAAGAAGAGCUAAAAUAUGACAUAGUCAAUGCUGCUCUGUUUGAACAAGGACAACAAUUUGUGGAUGUUAUUAAUUAUCAUAGAUUGGUGGCUGAGAAUAAAGAUUUUAAAGAGAGGAUAGCAGUUCUUGAGUAUGAAGUGAGGAUGAUGAUAGAGGCGAGAGUUAACACUCCGUUUGAGGAGGAGGUUGUUCAAGAUGAUCGACAACUUGUGAACUUUAUCACUGAAGAUGAAGUAGGAACUUUGGUUGGAGAUGUUGGACAUAACACUCCAUUUAAUGAUGAUGCCAAUGUUACGGAAAAUCAAUCAAAGUCUAAAUCCAACAUGGCUACAAGAAUGAGGAAGAAACCAAGGAAGCCUGGAAAAAGAACCAUACUUAAUUUGUAA